AUGUUGACUAAUACACUACUUGCACCGAUUGGUAUAAGUCUCGUUUUUACAUCUGUCUCUCUUCUGAAAGGUCAAUCUUUUCGUGAAGCAAGAAUAAAAGUCAAAACUGACAUGCCACAAACUUUUCUUGCUGGCACAUGUUACUGGCCAUUUAUCUCAUUUAUUAACUUUCGGUUUAUACCGUUGGACUAUCGACCAUUUGUUGGAAGUCUUGCUGGAGCUAUAUGGAAUAUUUAUAUUUCUUCAGUUGCUAAUAAGACGGUGGAAAGUUCAAAUGACACUUCAAGGCCAUUAACAAGAACAACGACAACUGUCAUAGCUGAAAUAGGUGGAACGACAGUACCAGCAUUACGAGAGGCAUGGGAUAUCUUAGAUCAUAAUAAAAAAAACAGUAAUUCGUAG